UCGGCCUGUUGGCCUCUCCGUCCGCACCCCUGUUACCCGCGUGCCUUGUUGUGCCCGUGCCCAUCCUCCGCCACAGCAUGGAUGCACCACCGCUGACCCGUGCACCGCGCGCCGCAACCCAGCCCGCUCGCUCUCUCGAGACUGCGCUCGAGGACAUGCGUGGCGAGGAGAAGGCGCCGCUCGAACCCGAGUCAUCCGAGUCGGUCUUGGGUCGGGACGGCCUCGCCCCGGUCACCGAAGCUGACCUGGCCAAGGCUCAGGGCGAGCUCGCACGGCACCAGGCCGAAGUAGCGCGGAUGAAGGAGCUGGUUCGCCGAAAGCAGGCUACUGAGGACAAGAUGCGUGCCGCACAGCUCGAGGCCGCCAUUGCUGAGGCUGGCCGCCGCAUGAACGGCGCGCAGGCCAAGCGCACGGACCUUGCCAAGGAAGUCGCUGCCCUGCAACGAGCCAAGGCCCAGCGCGAGCGCGAAGAGAACGUCAUGGACUCUGCGCUGGAGGACAAGGAGCUAGAGAACCAGGCUGAGCUCAUGGCCCUGCAUCGGGUCCGACUCGAGGAGGUCCGAGCCGAGAAGGAGCGCAUGGCCCGCGAGCUGCGAGUCCGACAGUAUGCGCUCGAGUCAAUCCAAGAGCUCAAGACCAACGACACGCUGCUCUACGCUGGAACGAUGAAGCAGCUGCUGGCCAAGGCCGACCUCCUUGCUGAGGAGCUCGAGAAUCAGGCCGCUGGUGACGACCGGCUCGCGGCGUACGCCAAGGAGCUGGCCACAGAGCCCGAGGGUCGCGACGGCUUCCGGGUCAUCGACGAUGUGCUCGUCCAGCGCGCUGCUGCGCGGUCGCGCAAGGCUCGCUCCACGGUGGCAAGCACCAAGAAGCUUAACGCAGAGCGGGCCGCGCUGCUGGAGAAGCGAAAGGCACUGAUGGCAUCCAAGGCUGAGCACAACGCCAUUGUCUCCAAGGGUCUCGAUUUUCUGGUCGAGAUGGAGCUGGGCAACGCUCCGCCACGCGAGUUUAUCCUCUCAAACAUGGAGCUCUCCGAAGCCGACUUUGGCGAGCCGCUCCGCCCUGGCUCGCGCCGCGGCCGACGCGGGCCGGGCGAACCACUUGCCGAUGCCGAAGUUGACGAAGAGGUGACGGCUACCGUCCGCCGCGUUGCCGAGCGCAUCGAUGCGGACGUGCAGCGGCUCGAGGCGCUCAAGGCAGACCAUGCCUUGCUGCAGGCGGCGGCCACGCCGUGGACCUACUCGGGCGAGUGGGCCAAGGAAACGCUGCCGCCAGCAUCGCAGCCACUUUUUGACGCUCUGGUCCCGAUUGUGAACGCCAUCGUGAACUCGGCACUCGCGGCGUCGGCUGCCAAUGCCCUUCCAGACAUCGAGGUCCUCCGCGCAGAGCAGGCCAAGUGGCAGGAAGAGCAGGCUGCGCUCCUCGACCAGAUGGUGGCCGAGGCCGAGGCCAAUCGCGCACACAAGAUUCUUGCCGACCUCAUCACCGAAGUCGUUCACGAGCUCGCACUGGAUCUAUGGCACGAGAUGAUGGCCAUCGAUGGCCUUGCCGACUCCCUCUCUUCGGGCCUCAUUGUCUCGGUCCUCGUCUCGCGCUUUGGCUCCUCGCAGCACGCGACCAUGAUCCGAGAGUCGCUGCAGGAGAUCCAGCGAGCCAAGCUCAAGGCGAGGCCAACAACGUUUGUGCACAGGCUUAAGUUGCGUCCACGCGACGAUGCGCGUGCAGCUGUCCGGGCAGCCGACGGUGCCUCGACGACCGCUGCCGCCGCUGCGCUCGCUGCUGCCGACUCGGACUCGGAUUUCGAGUCGGAGUUUGCCGACGAUCUCGACGUCCUCGACCUGGCCUCCAUCCCUGUGGUACAGGUCCUUGCAGCGUACGCCGAGGCUGAGGCGUCGUACUGGUCGUUUGUUGACUUGCUCCCUGCCAACUUUGACGUGGCGUCGGGCGGCGUGACGUGCUCGGCCUUUGCGCCGUCGGGCUCGCAUCUUGCACUUGCGCUCUCGACCGGUACGCUCCGCGUGGUCAAUAUGGACGAGGCGGGUAGCCCGAUGCUGCUGCGUGAGUCCAAGUCUUCCUUUGCGCCGCCGGUCUCGCACAUGGCGUGGUCGGCCGACGGUUCGCGGCUGCUGGUACUCGAUGCGCGCUUCAAUCUCAAGAUCUUCUCUAUGCAUCCGGAUCCUGUGGCGGUAGCCGAGUCGUCCUCGGCCCGCACCGCACUGCGGACCAAAGACGGCGAGUUUGCUCUCCCACCGCUCACGCUCGUCGCAGCGCUACGUAAGAACCAGUUUGGCAUCAGGGGCAUGACCGUGCUGGACACGACCGAUGGCGACGGUAACCUUGCAGAGGCCGAGGUACUGCACGCGGCAGCGGGCAGUGGGACGGCCAAAGCCAAAGCCAAGGCCAAGCGCAAGAAGCGCAAGGGCGAAGCUGGCGAUGGCCCAGGCGGGGCGGCCAGUGUCGCGAGCGGUAGCAAGCGGUUGCUCCCUGUCGCUGCGGCUGGCAUCCGCGCGCUCGCCUCCGGCGACAUCCUGGUGGCUUCGUCGCCGCUGGCGGCGUCGGUGGUCUACCUCCCCCUAGUUGCGUCGCGACGAAUGCUGCCGCUUGCAGGCCGGCUCAAGGCCGAGCUGUUUAAGGGUCACAGCUCGCCGCCGGUGGCAGUGGUCUUUCCAUCGGUCGGCCCGACCAUGAUCUCGAUCGACGUCUCAGGCGUGCUGCACUUGUGGGACUACGCAGUGACGCAGCUCUCGGGCUUUGGCUGGUACACUCCUUCGCACUCGGUCAGGCUUGAUCUUGUGGACGCGUCGUGGGCGCCUGCAUCGUCGGCGCCGCCUCCGGUAGUCCACUUUGCCACCGAGUAUGCGCUUGCACACGAUGACUCGCUCCGCGUACCCGAUCUCGACCGGUCGUCGAUGCACGAGUCGAUGCCGCAGGCGCUGGCGGAGCUGGCGGAGCUCGGCCUCGCCGAUGAGCCGUGGCACUCUGCGCCGGGCUCGGGCGGGCUCACUCACCAUGUCUACCGGCCGCGCGUGCUCCCCAGUCGUGUUGCCGUCUUUCACACUCUCACGUUUACCGACGGUAGCGUUCUCGUGGCGCACCGGUCACAGCUCUACGCCGUCUCGCACAACCGCGGAGUGGUGCUCGACGCGCAGCUGACAGCUGCGCGCAACCAGCUCAUUGUGCUUGUGCACAUGCCGGCGCUCCUGCCGAAUCCCGGGCGGGUCUUGUUUGUGAUCUACGACCUGGCAUCGGGCUCUCUCACGGCGCCGCUCAUCACCCACGACCUCGGGUCGGAGCACCUCGCGCACGGCUCGUUUGUGGUGAGCCCAGUGCUUGACGUCACCGGUGCCGACUAUGUUUACGCACUCCUCAACAACGCGGUCCACGUGUUCAGCCUGGCGACUGGGCUCGCGGUCCGCGACCCGGUCCAGGUCUUUCCGCGCAACGACAUGCGGCAGCUGUCGUCGAUCUCGGUUUCGGCCGACGGCACGCUCCUCACAGUGGCGUGUCCGACAGUCUCGACGCUGCUUGUUCUCCAUGUCGAGGACAAGAACGGGCCAGGCGACCGGGCGGCGUUGGCGCGGACGGCGCCUGCGGUCCGGCGCAACCUGUGCCCGCCCGAGGCCCGCAUCCGCAAGCACGUGUGGACGUUUUCUGCUGGUCCCGGCCAACCGGCGACGCCGCAUGCGAACGCGCGCCGGGUCAUUGCCUCGUGGGUGCAGGAGAUGGUUGAGGCGGCGUGCGCGAGUGGCGGGGAGCGGCGUAGCGUGGCGCGUGAGCGGAGCGGCCGGCGGCGGCUGCGGCGGACCCGCACGUCGUCGUCGCGGACGGCGGGAGUGUCUAGCCCUGCAGCGAAGCCUUGAUGGCCUGCAUCCGCUCGAUGUCCUCGGACGAGAGACCAGCCUGCGCAAAGUGGCGCUCGUCGAGUACCUGCUCUGAAGCAGCUUCAUCGUCCGACUCGGUCCACACGUCGUCGCCCGGCGCGCCGAGCCCGCCACCCAUCACCACGUACUGCAGCAUGGGGUCGGCCGGGAUGACCGGAAUGAGCAGCGACUCGUCGGGAAGGAUAGACGCGCGGAGGACGUCAGGAGCGAGGAGCGGGACCGAGGCAGCGCAGCCCGAGGCGCUCGCGUGGGCAUCAAACGAGCCGUUGGGCAGCGAGACGGCGCAGAACGGGCAGCGGCCGGCGGCCACCUGCCGCCGCACGUGGUUGACCAUCU